AUGUCUCUAUCUUGGAGACUCGGCGGUCCUGCUCGAGGCAGGGGCAACAACCAUCACGCAGGUCGCCAGCGCGGCCGAGGCGGACGAGGUGCCUCGCGUCAUCAGGAGAUCAAUCGCCCGGUGGUAUACGAGCUGCCAGGUCAUGAACAGUAUUUCGACUGGAAGAGAUCUAUUCGACGAGGUGUCACUUCCCCUGAUUGUCUUGACCAAGGCACCUGCCUCCAGCUGUGGCAAGAGGCACUCGCAGUUCUCAAUAUCGACAGUCAAGAAUUCCAGCAGAACUUGGCUCGGGAUCUUGUCGACGACGACUUUCUGGGCCUCGAGUCUGUCAUCAUGACAGCCACGGUCUGUACCAAGAGCUCUGACACGGACAAGGUCUUGCGGACUGUAAAGCCAUUCUUGCAAGUCAUCACGCACCCAGCUUUGCUGGACUGCAUCUCUGUUGACUCCUUUGUCGGGACUAUCUAUCGAGUGUUGGGGGGGAAGGCCGAUGGGGAACAAGCUAUCGCCCUUUUUCGCAGCAUUGCUCGCAAAUUAGCAGCACAUGCUGCCUCUGAUACCGCUACGACAGCUUCACCAGUCUCGGAGAUGCUGUCGCUCACCCUGAAGGCCAUGUACGAGUUUCUCGCUCGCCAGCCCAAGGCCCGUCUCCAUGAUGACAUCACAUCCGUCGUCGAGUCAAUGGAUGGGCUCGCUGAUCCAAUUGCGCCGUCUUGCCCUGGAGCAGAAUCGCACAGCAUCAAGGCCCAAAUUGAUGUGGUACGGAGGAAGAUUGCCAUGGCCACAAGCCGCUUGGUUCGUGAAGAGAGUGCCGGCGACGUCGCUCUACCAUACAGGGUUCGGUCCGCGUUCCCAAAGGAGAUGACCAUGCCUGGUGGACGACACGACAACGACGUCGCAGAUAUAGCACAGAUCCAGAUCUUGCCUACCUAUCUCGAGAUCAUGAGUUAUGAGGAGGAAUACCUCCCCUCGACAGACCUGCUUCAGCCGCAUUUUCUGCAGGACCCGGUGCAAAGACACAUCGACGCUUCGUUUCGCCUCCUACGCCAUGACAUUUUUGGGUCUGUGAAGGAUGUGCUCAGCGAGCUCCUAUCACACGAUGGUUCCCAACAUGAGCCACGCGCACUUGCCAAAAACGACAUGCGGGCGCAUACGUACUCGCAAGCCAGCAUCCAACAUAUCUUCAUCAGUGAAAAACGUGGGCUUGAGGCCAUCGUAUCUUUUGUUGCACCCCAACAGGCUCGGAAGUCUAAGGCGGAGCAACGUCGAUGGUGGACCGAAUCGUCUCGGCUAGAAGAAGGUUCUCUUGUCUGUUUUGUGUCAGCCAAUGCACGAACGAAGAUAAUCCUGUUCGUCGAAGUUGUGGUUAAGAGCACCGAAGACGCUCGAGGAGGCAAACCCACAAGCAGUCUUGCCUUUGAAAAAUCAUCGCCCAGCAUCACUGUCAAGGUUGCAACGAGCAAUCGUGACAACCUAAACCUGCUGACAAGGAUCCACGGCGAGAAGACCCACGGUGUGCUGGUCGACUUCCACAAUCUCAUUCCAGCCACCUUUGACCCCAUCUUACGAAACCUUCAACAAAUGAUGGGUGAAGGGCAGGUUAGAUUCCAACAAUGGAUUCUUCCAAAGGCCAACAGCACAGCCGUCGAAUAUGCUAGCAUACCUCCCCCCAUGUACGCGCGACGUCCCGGAUUCGCCUUCAACUUGGGCUCCAUCACCAACAACGGAUAUCGCGUUGCCUUGAAGCCGAGUGAUUGGACGGGGAGUACACAGAUACUCGAGGCUCAUACAACCCUUGAUCGCGGCCAAUGUCAUGGACUACUGGCUGCUCUCAGCCGCGAGUACGCGCUCAUACAGGGACCGCCAGGUACGGGAAAGUCCUACGUUGGCGUCCAGCUUGUCAGAGUUCUGCUUGACAAUAAGGACAAAGCAAGACUGGGGCCUAUUCUAAUCAUUUGCUAUACAAACCAUGCUCUCGAUCAGUUCUUGAUGCAUCUCAAGGAGGUUGGGGUAAGUAGACUGAUCAGAAUUGGCGGACGAAGCGCAACCCCCGAACUGGAAGGCAACAACCUUCGCGUCGUCAACAAAGAUGGGGGCAAAACAAGAGUAGAAUCCCAGAUUCUCGGCAAGAGCUACGGCGCACUUGAACACUGCAUGAAGACUGCUGGCAACACCUUGAAGCCACUCCAUCAGUUACGAAAAGGUCCUUCAUGGUCAAUUCUAGCGACAUACCUUCUUCGGAAAAGCUCCAACAUACACAGGCCGCUUGAACCUGAAGACGACGAGGGCUGGGAGACAGUUGGUGGGGACCCUCUCAUGCGGUGGCUGGGCAAUCGGCCAAUCGAGCUGCCAGCUGAAAAGGGGCUACGCCAAGAUGUCGAUAUAGCCGCCCUCACGCGACGUGCUGAGCAGGAUGUCCAUGGACUCACGCGCGAAGAACGAUGGAAUCUUGCUGACCAUUGGCUCAUUGAGAUGCGCACGGACGUCAUUGGCAUUACCACAACUGCCCUUGCCCGCAAUAUCGAAAUGCUCCGCCACGUUCGCUCCAGAGUCGUUAUCUGCGAAGAAGCAGCAGAGGUCCUAGAGCCCCAUAUUAUGUCCGCCCUGAUGCCAGGCGUAGAACACAUGAUCCAGAUAGGCGAUCAUCGGCAGCUUCGUCCGCAGAUAAACAAUUAUUCUCUCAGCAUGGAGUCAGGAUCCGGAGUGGCAUGGCAGCUUGACAGAAGCCAAUUCGAGAGGCGCGCUGUCGGCGAGCCAGGCCUGAGCCCCGCGCCGGUUGCUCAACUCAACGUCCAGCGCCGGAUGCGACCUGAAAUAUCAAAGCUGAUUCGCAGCGUCUACCCCAUGCUCGAGGACCACGAGAGCGUGAAGACUCUUCCGGGUGUUGUUGGGAUGCGUCACAAUCUCUUCUGGCUCGAUCAUGAUCAUGUCGAAGACGUGAGAGAUGAUGGUAGCCGUGUCCGAUCUCACAGCAACCAGUGGGAAGUAGAUAUGGCGACUGGAUUGGGACGGCACUUGGUUCGACAAGGACACUACAGUGCCACCGACAUUGCCCUUUUGACGCCUUACACUGGCCAACUGCAGAAGCUCAGGCGGUCACUAGCCAAAGACUUCGAGAUUUUCUUGAGUGACCGCGAUCUGGAUACACUGGCCGCUGAUGGGUUCGAAGACAGCGGUAAUGGACUACUCUCACCGAAUACACUGUCGCCAGCUCCUAGAACACUACAGAAGAAACAACUGAUUCAAACCUUGCGCUUAGCUACUGUCGACAACUUCCAAGGGGAGGAAGCCAAGGUCUUCAUUGUCUCUUUGGUGCGCAGCAACCCAGCUCGCAAGGUAGGCUUCCUGCGCACCGAGAACAGGAUCAAUGUCCUACUUAGCCGGGCUCAGCACGGGAUGUACCUAAUUGGCAACAGCGAAACGUAUCUCCACGUCAAGAUGUGGGCCGACGUGCAUGGAAAACUCGCAUACGCCGAUCCCGUCGGAAAUUCCACAGCCCAGAAGGAGGCUGCAACUUGCAAUGCGACCGGAGGCUCGAUCCCUGCGGUCAUCGAUGCCAGGCCAUGUGCCAUUCUGACAUGA